UUCUCCACCCUAAUCUCGUCCCACCGAUAGCUCACCACUCCUCCAGCGCCCCCCACUCGGACUGACGACCCCACCAUUGCCACCGCCGACGAACGACCCACCACAUCCGGCAACCGUCACCACUGCCGGGCUCUCUCUUGCACGGCAAUUGAAGGGUGAACAAUGGAGUUAGAGGCUUUAGAUGAUGUAGAAGUCAGGGAUAUUGAAACUCCAGAUAACAAUGUGGAAGGGUUUAAAACACCGACAAUUGGGAUGUAUUUUGAGACAAUUGAAGAAGCACGAAAUUACUAUGAAUGUUAUGGUCGAGAAAAUGGGUUUUGGAUUCGUACUCGGGGUUCAGAAAAAGGACGAAAUAGGUCGAAUGAAGUCACUAAGGUGCGAUUUGUUUGCACAAAAGAAGGAAAAUAUGCUGCAAAAAAUCAGCAGGAAGGUGUUCAAUCGUUAAAUGUGGAUGCGGUAGAUGAAGAGGAGAAUGUGAUAUAUCAAAGAAAAGAGUUAGAAAUUAUUCAACCGUUAAAUGAGGAUGUAAAGCUUAUUUGCGGAUUAUGCUUGACAAAUGGAAUUGCAAAUGGAAAGUAACAGGUUUCGAUGAAA